UAUCACUUUAAAUCUGCAAUCUCUGGGACUGCAGAGAUCAUAAAGUGUUAGUUAGUGAAGCGAGGGAAAUAUCACUAGUACCCCACCCCCCCUGGGAUAUUUCUGAACAGGUUACAGCCGGUUACUCGGAGAUAUUCAUCACAAACAAUUCUGUCUACAUAGAUAGGGUCUUUCAUACGCACUUAAUAUUGUCUACCAAAGAAAUGGUGAUGGAGAAGCCGAGUCCCCUGCUUGUAGGGCGGGAGUUUGUGAGGCAGUAUUACACACUCUUAAACAAGGCACCAGAUUUCCUACACAGGUUUUAUGGGAGGAAUUCUUCCUAUGUUCAUGGAGGACUUGACCCAACUGGGAAGCUGGCAGAAGCGGUGUACGGGCAAGCGGAAAUCCACAAGAAGGUCAUGUCCCUGCAGUUCAGUGAGUGCCACACAAAGAUCAGGCAUGUCGAUGCCCAUGCCACACUGAGUGAUGGAGUAGUGGUGCAAGUCCUGGGAGAACUUUCAAACAAUGGUCAGCCCAUGAGGAAGUUUAUGCAAACAUUUGUGCUUGCGCCAGAAGGUUCGGUGGCGAAUAAGUUCUACGUCCACAAUGACAUUUUCCGUUAUGAAGAUGAGGUUUUUGGAGACUCUGAAGCUGAGCUUGAUGAAGAAUCAGAGGAGGAAGUUGAAGAGGAGCAAGAGGAGAGGCAACCAUCCCCUGAGCCACUUCAAGAAAGCCCCAACAGCACCACUUAUUAUGAUUCUCAUCCUGUCUCUAAUGGAGUAGAAGAGCCAAUGGAGGAGCCAGCUCCGGAGCCUGAGCCAGAGCCUGAACCAGAGCCCAAAGUAGAGGAGAUAAAGCCUGACGUAGAUGAGAAGGUUCAGGAAGAGAUUGAGGAGAAAGCUCCAUCACCGGCCCCUGUGGAAUCCCCACCAAACACCCAGGAGCCUCCCAAGACUUUCUCGUGGGCUUCUGUGACCAGUAAAAACCUGCCUCCCAGCGGCACAGUCCCCUCCUCUGGAAUGCCACCCCAUGUUGUUAAAGCUCCAAGCUCACAGGCCAGAAUAGACGGCAAGACGGAGACACAGACCGCACCUCUUCGGUCCAGAGACCAGCGCACACGCGACAGACCGACCUUUACUCAGCGGGGUCCCAGGCCUGAUGGUGUUGCGUCUUUGGAGUCACAAACAGGGAAACCACACUUGAGUUUUGUUAACAAAGGUGGCCGAGAUGUUGAACCCGGCGAGAUGGACAACAGGCGGAUUGUCCGAUACCCAGACAGUCACCAGCUUUUUGUUGGCAACCUCCCACAUGACAUUGAUGAGAGCGAGCUCAAAGACUUCUUCAUGACAUAUGGAACUGUUGUGGAGCUGCGGAUCAACACCAAGGGCGUUGGUGGGAAGCUUCCUAACUUUGGAUUUGUGGUCUUUGACGACUCCGACCCGGUGCAAAGAAUCCUGGGGGCGAAGGUAGAAGGGCCGAUCAUGUUCCGAGGCGAGGUGCGCCUGAAUGUGGAGGAGAAGAAGACGAGGGCGGUGCGCGAGCGAGAGACCCGGGGAGGAGGAGACGACCGCCGGGACAUGAGGCGCAACGAGCGAGGCCCCGGAGGCCCCAGACCCGCCGUGGGAAGUGGAAUGAUGCGGGACGGCAGGGGACCACCACCUCGAGGCGGCAUGGCCCCCAAACCUGGCAUGGGCUCCGGAAGAGGCUCCGGUGGCCAGGGAGAGGGUCGCUUCACAAACCAGCGCCGCUGAGGAGUGCACCACCUGCAGUGUGGAAGUAGUACCGCGUUCUUCAUCUUCAACCGUUCUCGUUAACGAAAAGAAAUCUUCAUGUAUGAACGUAUAUAUUGGUUUAUGUUUUAUUUUUAUUUUUUUGUUCCCUCUUUGCUUUGGAAUGUGACACAGCCUGUCAACCUUUUUUGUUUGUGAAAUAGACAAAACAAAAUAAGCAAACAAAAAAAAAUGCGCUUAUUAUUUGUGAGCUGAGCAUCCUUUUCGGGUAUCUCAAGAAUUCACAAACUUUAAUUUGUAAAUUUGUGGAAAAAAGGCGAACCAACCAGGAGUAAUCUGCCACAUUAGGAGGGACUGAUAAGACUUUUAACUACGAUAACACAGCCCAUCAUUUGGAAAAGAGAUUAUAUGCCUUGACUUAACCGGGGCGCUGCUUCACGAAAUCCCUCUAUUGCACAUUUUAUAUGGUAGUUUUCUGCCCGUUACUGUUGGAUAAAAGUGGGAUGCAAAUUUUGCGCAGUUCCAGGAGAAAGGCUUGCCUUUUACUUUUUUCCUUUUUGAGAGACCACUGCUUAAAAAUUGCAUAAUGCACUCAUCAAUAUGCACUAAUGGGUACUUUUGUCAUAUUACUUUGACAUCCACGCUUGGAACGCCGCUGGAGGGACCUGUUUAGUCUCAAAGCGACACGACUUUCCGGGGCAGGCCUCGCUCACAGCCUGUCUGCUGUGACCAAUGUACUUUUCUCACUUUUGACCCAAAACAAGCUUCAAUUACUGCUGGAUGGACAUGAUGACGAGCAAAUCUACAUUAUAUUUUUCCUCAUUUAUAAAUAAAAGAAAGAAAGCUCAAAUCCUGGACUUUUCCCUGCCAGCUAGACCGCAAAAAUGGGAUGGACGACACCGUCUCUCUUUCUUCCCUCCCUUCCACUCUUAGGUGCGGAGUAACUGAAUAAAUGCACGGCAGAAAUCAUAGUUUACUGUAUGUUUUGUUUUCUGUGUAUCUUAAUUUCUCUCAACUUGAUAAAAGCAUGAAUGGUGCCUUCUAUUUCACCUUUUCUAGUCUUACUAGAGCAAAGCGGUUCGAGGCGCUCUGCCUCAGAUUAUGGAGCUGCUCAUUUUGAACAAUUUUUUCCGGGGAUCAGAUAGAAAAAAAAAUUGCAGUAUUCUGAAUAUUUAGGUAAUUUUUUUCAGGUGCAUAUUUCAUUUUUCCGUACUGUUUUACUACCUAAGAUGAUCUGCUGUGAGUUUUGUACAUUUGUUUCGUAUCGUGUCUGUUCUGGGUUUUGUAGAGACAAUAGGUGCCUCCUAUUCUGUUGUUAAAUGGUUGAGAGGUUUAUCUGAAGAACAACCCCCCCCCCCCUCCUCCUCCACCCCUCCACACCCAUUAAAAGUAGGUACAUUAAAGGUAAUGUGGGAAUAUUCUUGCGUCUUUGUUUACCAGUCAUGGCCGUACACCACAAUGAUUCCAGUGACCUGAGGUUUGAAAAAGGCAAUUGUCUCACGAUGUGAUUCAGAGUUGUUGAUACUUUCAUUUUGACCAUAGUUUUGGAGACUCGCGGUAGCACCUGAGUAAAUCCCCGGACUCAAAAGUUGUCAGACUGUUCUUUUCUCGGUAACAAUUUUGUAAAGAUCCGUGUGGCUGGGCUGGCCGUUGUUCCAGUCUACCGACUAGCAAAUAAUUGUGCUCACUUUUCUAGCCAUUUAUGCAUUUGUAUUUUCAUAUGCUUAUUAUUCAUUGUGUUUAUUUGUGUUUUUUUCCGUUUUUUUCCCUUUCAAGGCAAGUGUGAUUUGAAUGCCAUAGUUCCGUUUCUCUUUGCCUCUGGUGCAUUUUCUUUUACCACUCGGUACGGAGGGAAGACCUUUUGGGUUCAGCUGAAAAGGAAAACGCGAGCUUUCUUUUCUUUUUCUUUUUUUGUUAUCUUGCACUGAUGGGAAGUGAAAUCAAUGUAGCAUUUUUCUGGACAAAUACACGAAUGAGGUCUUCCUUGUCUGGUGAUCUUGCACUAUUUACAAUAUUUCUGGGACAAUCUGUAAUUUUGAAACACAGACUCUACAAAUUCCUUAUCUGGCAGAGAAAAACCAUUAAGUGCUCAUCUUAUCUGCGUGGAAUAAUAUUUGCCGUCUUGCAGUUAAAACCAGAUUGGAUGUACAAACAUGGCAUAUUUAAUCCAGUUUCCACGGUGAUGCCCAGCUGCUCUCUUUUGUAGUUGAGAUGAGAUUUUCAGAUGGGAGAUUAGUUUUCAAUGGAGAUAUUGCAUUUGUUACCAACAUUCUUUGACCGAAUAUUACAGAAGGAUUACAGCUCUUUGAUCCUUGCCUCCUGAUUUUAACAGACCGUUUCAGAUUUAUACAUCUACCGCGAAUGUUUAUUUGUCAGUUAAUUGCUUAGCUAAAGCACUUGACUGCAAUUAUACUAAUUUUUUUUUUUUUUUACACAACAGUGGUCAAUGCAGAGGCUGGAAAGCAUGAUGGGCUCUUCUUUGUCAAAAAGUUUGUGUUUUUCCACAUCUAAAUGGUGGCAAAAUGUUUCGGAUAAACAUCUAGUUUUGAUCAUUUCACCAAGGUUGUACCCCCCCCCCCCUUUCCAAACCAAACCUUUGAAGGACCUGCAAAAAGAAGAAAAAAAAGUGUUUUCCUGUGGUUGAAAAUUAAUUUGAGUGGAUCCUCAUUGUGAAUCAUUCCAGUCCCUUUUGAAUGGAAAUAGAGGUUCCUUGUUGGCUUUAGCAGGUGUGGUAAACAGUUGGCUGUAAAUCUUACUUUUACGGUGUUUACUUGUUGCUAGUACAACAAUGUUGCAGGUGGAGAAUCUUUUUUGUUUCGUUUUGGGUUUUUUUUCUCCAUUUUGAAUGUGUUGGACUUAACAUACAAUAAACUACUGAUAUCAGCACCACCCA